AUGGCUCAUGACGCUUUCGGUGUCGAAGUCGAGUCCCCCUCGGUGUUGAGGAAGACCCUUUCGAAGAGUUCAGAGACCGUCAGACCAGCAAGAUCUCAGCAAGAAGUCGAUGAUGCGUCCCAGCAGCGAUGCCUGUCGUUGUCGCCGUCAAUGCCCCUGCUGGAAACGUGGUUCGGUGCGGCGUUGGUGAAGAUCGGGACGUGGGGCGGCGACCGCGGGAGCCCCUGCGACAUCACGGUGGCGCCGCAGCGGCUGGAGAGCAUCUCCCUGCGCUGGGGCAAGGUCAUCGACUGGAUCUCCUUCUCGUACCGGGACCGGGACGGGAAGCUGCACACCGUCGGGCCCUGGGGCGGCAACGGCAAAGGCGAGGGCGACGAGACCAUCACCCUGGGCCCCCACGAGUACGUGACGGAGGUGGUCGGCACCAUCGGCCCCAUCGGGGACUUCACCCACACCAUCUCCUCGCUCAAGUUCGUCACCAACCGCGCCACCUACGGGCCCUUCGGCCGCGGCGCCGGCGCGUCCUUCAGCGUCCCCGUGCUCAACAACGCCAGCAUCGUCGGCAUGUUCGCUCGCGCCGGCGACUUCCUCGAUGCCAUUGGCUUCUACAUCCUCCCCUUCUGA